AUGGCAGCGAUUUACCCUUCGGAAAUACAAUCGAUCCAGGACAAGCAUCCACAUCUACCUCCCAUCUUCCAAAAUGUCAACCUUGGGCAUCACAUCCAAGCCGGAGAUGCUCUCGAUGCCAAUCACCUUUAUGAAGCACGGGCUGUUGCUGAUACCCUGCGAGGGUUCCAAAAAUUGAACAUCGCACCUGGGGUUAUCACCGAGGAUGUUGUCCACACCUCAGACCUUCGCGCAACUGCCAUCGAGAACGCAGCUGCGGCUGUGGUUUUUUCUCCUGCAAAUCUUCAGCAGCAGCUCGCAAUGAUGCAGCAACAACUAGCAGCACUGGCCAUCGAUUGCGCAGCUGGCCGUGCGGAAACUGUCAAUGCUCAAAUCCGAACACGAAACCGCCUGGUUGCCCCGGAUGUCCUUGAUAUGGUUCAGAAAUCGGUUCCAGGACCUGGCUUGGACCUUGUACAGGCUGUAUGGAAUGUAAUUGACCCUGCCGCCCAAGGGCAGCUCCUCCAGUAUUUCAACAACCACCCAGUAGGACCGAUUGGCUCGCGCCCACCUGGUGUUGCUGGCAACAUUGACACUUUGACUCAUCAGACGAUUCUCAAGAUCAUAUUCUAUUACAACGAGAACCUAGGGAUUGCUGCUGGGGAUGGUCUGCCGGAGCGGAAGGUGGCCGUGCGACGUUUUCUGAAUGGUUUAUAA